GACCAUUGUGAAGAACGCAAUCCAUGUCCACCCGAGUACUGUAACCAUGGCGGAAAGUGCUCUCAGAAUGGGUCUGAUUUCGUCUGCAAUUGCCCUCCGGGAUUCUAUGGACCACAGUGUGAACAUGAUGUCAACGAGUGCGACUUGUCUCCAUGUGCAUUUGGGAAAUGUGUGAAUACGAUGGGCUCAUACCGAUGUGAAUGCGAUGAGGGCUUCAUUGGAAGGGACUGCCAAAUCUAUCGUAGCGGCUUGGAAUGCUCAAUGGCUGGACCGAAUAUCUGCCGUAAUGGAGGAGUUUGUGUAGCUGACGAAAUCAACAACACCAACACUUGCGUCUGUCCACCAAUGUACCAAGAACCUAACUUUCUGAAAACACAUAAUUCAGGGUUGUUCUGUGAAAAGGACGUUGAUGAAUGCUCGAUGGCGAAUCCCUGUGAAAACGGCGGCACAUGUGUGAACCUUGAUGGCGGUUUCGAAUGUGCCUGCACAGCAGCAUUCGAAGGUGAUUUCAUA